AUGUCCUUGCAAACAACUAAACCAUCAACUACUAUUAAUGAUUCUGUAAAGAAUCCACAACCCUCUGAUUCUCUACAUGGCUUCCCCGCCAGGACACCAGAUGAGGAUUUGAUCCACGAAUCUACUGGAAACAGUAACAGUGAAUUAGUAUUCAAGAAAAUUAAAGAACUUGAAGAUGAAUUUACAAAAUUGCUAUUGUCACCUCGAAGCAAAGAAAUUAUCGAGAAGAGACAAGCUAUUCAGGAUGAAAUCUCAGAUCUGAGAACAUCCAUAAAAGUUCUCAAUGAAUUGUCAAACUUUGAGGAUUUGGCUGAAUCUAAUAAUUCAGUCACAAUGAAACCAUCCUCUAAAAACAAUAAACAAAUUGGUUUUAAGCUGGUAAAUAAUAAUGGUGAAGAAGUAUCAUACAUGCGCAUAAGAUGCUUACCAUUUGAUUGGAGUUAA